UAUGAGUGUGUGUGAGUGACAGCAGAGCGGAGGCAGUUAAAGGGAAUUAAGUCAGUUGAAAGCGCUCGCGCGACAGAGUCAGGUCAGUGAGAGUGGCUUUGUGAACACACGCAGCAGCUUUUUCACCUCACUCUCACUCACUUAUCUAUAUUUUAUAUAACUGAGUGACGUCGCGCUGUGUCCGGCUGAGGGUGUCUGCUUUCCUCGGCGUGAGGGACUGCCAUGCCCUCUGACUUCACCUCCCUCUUCAGCGGGGACCUCGACCUGACGGCUCCCACCUCUCUCUUCUAUAAAGAGUCAGUGUAUGACUUUCUACCCAGAGAGCUGCAGUUGCCUUCCUCCACUGGGCAGAAACCAAAAGUCAUGAGUCAAACGAGUGGUGGAGAGGCAGGGCCUCCUCCUUCAGUGUCUCUAGGAUCAGAUGCCAUGUCCUCUUCUAUGACCAUGGAAGGCCCCCGCAGUGCUUUUUCCACCCCUUCCAGCUCCAUCACACAUUCCAGUGCUUCAACCAGUGACCAAAACCCAGCUCAGAGCAGCUGUGUGGUGGACCCAGAGGACACCAGGGCCAGCAGAGUGGUGCCAGAGGUGGCCGGGGCAGAGAGCGGGAAUGGUAGCAGCAGCAGUGGUGGAACCUGCAGAGGGAGCAGUGAACUAGCGGAUGGGAGAGCUGUGGCGUCGCUGGAGGCCCAGCCACAUCACCAGAUGACCCCGUCUAAGCGCCGCACCGUGCUGAACAUCUCUCCGCCUCCACAAGACUUGUUUGAUGACAGCCAGAUGUCCUGCCGCGAUGAGGUGUCCCUAGACUCGGAGCAGAGUAACAGCAUCUGGAUGGAUGACUCACUGUCCAACUUCAGCAUGAUGAGUUCAGCUUCUUACAACGAUAACACCGAGGUACCACGAAAGUCCCGUAAACGUACUCCUCGACAGAGGCCCGGUCCCAAGUCUGUGCGUGCAGCAGAAGCCAGCAUGGACGUGUUUGAUGCAGACAGUGCCAAAGGGCCACACUUCGUACUGUCACAGUUAGGCCCCGACAACAAGACGGGCUCGAAAGGAAGCUCUGAUGAUCAUCAUCAGACCGUUAAACACAAGGGAGGAACUCUAUCGAUGCAAUUCCCGCAGAAGAGCGACGGGAAAGAGCUGAAGAUUCUCGUCCAGCCCGAGACUCAGCACCGAGCGCGUUAUCUGACUGAAGGCAGCAGAGGCUCAGUGAAGGACCGCACGCAGCAGGGCUUCCCUACUGUAAAGCUGGAGGGAGUGAACGACCCAGUGAUCCUGCAGGUGUUUGUGGGUAACGAUAACGGGCGCGUGAAGCCUCACGGAUUUUACCAAGCUUGCAGGGUGACCGGUCGAAACACCACAGCCUGCAAGGAGGUGGACGUCAACGGCACAACAGUCAUUGAGGUCUCUCUUGAUCCAAGCACCAACAUGACACUAGCGGUUGACUGCGUCGGGAUCUUGAAGCUCCGUAACGCUGACGUCGAAGCUCGUAUCGGUGUCGCUGGGUCCAAGAAGAAGAGCACGCGCGCUCGCCUGGUGUUUCGCGUCAACAUCCCUCGUCCGGACGGAUCCGUGCUCACACUUCAAACUCCCUCGUCUCCAAUCCUGUGCACCCAGCCUGCAGGAGUCCCUGAAAUCCUGAAGAAGUCACUCCACAGUUGCUCAGUCCGGGGCGGAGAAGAAGUCUUCAUCAUUGGCAAAAACUUUCUUAAAGACACUAAAGUCAUAUUUCACGAGAAUGUUUCUGAUGACAAAUCAUGGAAGGCAGAGGCUGAAAUUGACAUGGAGUUGUUUCACCAGAAUCACUUGAUCGUGACGGUUCCUCCGUACCAGAACCAGGCGAUCACCUCUGCGGUGUUGGUGGGAAUAUACGUGCUGACCAACGCUGGCAGAUCCCACGAUGUUCAGCCGUUCACGUACACUCCAGACCUGGCAAAUCAAGAUGUUCCUGUGAAGAAAGAGAUGUCUUCUCCAGUGAAGACUUGUACUUUUGAUGAACAAAUGAAAGCCCUGGACGGUGCUUUGAGGCCCUCGAUGUUGCCUUUAGUGAAAAGAGAAGAUGUGACUCCGAUGGAAGUGACCAGCAACCUCCAAUCCUCUGGAGUAUUUAAGACUGCUGAUCUGUGUCCAGCCCAGCAGAACACAGACAUGGCUGCAGGACAUCUAAGUAAAAACAGGCCGUUCUCCAACAGCCUGCCUCAGGCUGCAGUUGACCCCGACAAAGGCCAGGCCUCUGUUUUUACCAACGCGGAGCCCUUAAGCACCAUUCAGAAGCAGGACAUCGCUGCCCCCGGCUCCUUUUCUGUGCCUGCAGAUUCUCUGCUCCAGCAAAGCUCACAGCAGUUCCUCCUGGAGCCUCGAGAAGGCCUUGGACAGGAGAGGCUGGGCAGUGGCUCUGGAGGUGUGGGGAGGCUGUGUGGAGACCCCACGCCCCAACAACAGCAGCAGCAGCAGCUUCCACUCUUACCCCCAGAUGAAGUGGCCCAGCUGGAGGAGGCAGUGAGGCAGCUUAAAGCCAAAGGUUUCUGUAGUUUACCACUUCAGCCUGACAAUUCCAUGGCCAAACAGCAGCAACAACAGCACAUCCAGCACCAGCAACAGAUCCAAAAACAGCAAAUCCAGCAGCAACAGAUGCAGCAACAGCAGCAACAGCAGCAACAGCAGCUUCAGCAGCAGCAGCAGCAGCAGCAGCAGCAGCAGCAGGCGUUGGAGAAUUUGCAGCAGCAGCUGUUUCAGUCGCAGAUUCAGAUGCAGUGUGGUAUGUUCCAGGAUGCUUCCCAGGGCAAGAACGCACAACAGCAGGCCUCAUCACAGGGGGUGGUGCCAAACCAUGGGUCUCUUUUCCAGCAGGUCCAGCAGCAGCAGCAGCAACAGCAACAGCAGCAGCAGCAGCAGCAGCAGCAGCAACAACAAGCAGCUCUCUUUCAGCAAGCCAAUGACCUACUUUCUAUUCAGACCAACUUCCUCCCGCAGACACCCUCUCACCCUUCACCACCCAUGUUCCACAAUCCCAGCACUUUGGCUGAAACACAAGAUCCACAGGUGGCUCUGUUUCAGAAAGUGUCCCAGGAGCAGGUCCAGGCUGCUCUCUUUCAAAACACCAUGACAGUACUUCAGUCUCCAGAGCAGCAGCCCUCAAACUCUGGACUUUUUCUGCCCCAAACUCCGUUGCCCCCUCAGCUCACACCCAGCAAUUCCCAACAGCAGCAGCAACAACAACAGCAACAGAAGCAGCAACAGCAGCUGGGCUUUCUCAGUGCUCUACAAUCCCCUGCACCUGAACCACAAUCAGUAUUUCAGACUCAGACCCAGCUCUCCCCCAUCCAGCAGAGAAGCCCCAUGGAGCAGCAGCAGCAGCAGCAGCAGCAGCAGCAGCAGCAGUCCUCACAGCCUCAGCCCCACACUCAGCCCGCUCAGCAGGCUUCCCUGUUUCAGAGCAUCUCCUCACAUCCGUCUUCAAACACACUCUCUCCUGGCCAGCAGCAGCAGCAACAGCAGGCCGGCCUCCUGUUCUGCAACAGCAGCCUGUCCACACCGGACCAGGCCUCCAGCCUCCUGUUCAACAGCCAGGGCCAGAUGCCUCCUCUGACCAGCAGCAAUCUGGUUUCUCAAGAGCCCCAAAACCCGUCUCUGCUCUUCUCCCAGUCCAGCAUGGUGACGGUGAACCAGCAGGACCGCUCGGAGCCGAUGGCUUUGGGGAACCAGCAGGUCAUGUUUCAGGAGCAGCAGCCGAUGCAGCUGGGCAGCGGCUCCAACCCCCGGCAGGAGCAGCCGCCUGUGGGACUCUUCAUGCCUCAAUCCAACAUGGCCCCUCUACAGGGGGGCAUGGCUCAAGAGCUCACGCAGUCGUCCAUGUUUGCAUCCCAUAAUGGCGUCGCAAACCUCCAGACGACGACGUCGUCCCCCGUUCAACAGCCGGGGGCGCUCUUCCAAACUGCCGUCAGUGGGAGCAUGAAUCAGCCGAGCCAGCCUCAGCAACCCGGCCUCUUCCUGUUUGGGAUUCAGAACGGAUGUGGCCAGCUGAUGAACACUCCGGGAAACACUCUCUCGGACCAGAUCAUAGCCAUCAGUCAGUCCGGUCAGAGCCAGAGAGAGAACGACGCCCGCAUCCAGUCGCUGCUGAACCAGUCCAUGUCUCAGUCUGGGACCGUGCAGAACAGCAUGUCACAGAGCAUGGAGAAGAUCGACGACCUGCUCGUCAGCUUGCAGGAGACGAGCAGCAGCUUAACGCGCUCAUAUUGACCUGAAUCUUUGGCUUCUAUUGUUCUUGUUUUCAAACCUGCUAAAACAUGAUUGGGUUCCUUCAGAAGUUUCACGAGUAAAGAACUGUGAAGAUAAACACGGUCAGAGAAAUGAAUAUGGAGUGGAUUGUGAAUGAUCUCUUACUAAGUUACUAAGUUAUGACUGAUUGUCCCGCAUGAGGACUGAGACUCCAGAUGACGACGAUCACUGAUGAAAUUCGGCCUAAAAUGUAAUGGAAUUAAUUUAUCUUGUAAAUUUGUGUCCAUAUGUGUACGUGCACCGUUGUGUUAUUUGUCCGUAAAGUGGUUUGGAUGACUAGUGUUCCCUUUAAUACUCUGUUUGUGGUUGUUGUUUUCUCUGUUAUUGCAUGGACGCUGGAGUGUGUGGUACAGCAGGGACGUUUGGAAAGGACUGAGGUGUGAAAGGUUGUUGAAGGUAAAGUCACCGCUGUUGACCAGAUUUAAUAAUCCUCUCCCAACAGUGCAGAAAGUGUAGAGAAGGACGUUUGGACAGGUGGAGGAAAUGGAAAGUAGAAAGUAGAAAGUAAAGUAUGUAAACAUGUAGGCACAAACGCUUCAAAACUUACUCCUGAUGACAUGAAUGGAUGAACUGUAGCUGUCACUCACAGGGACUUCAGAGUGAUGACAUGAAAUAGACAGAAAGUGAGCUGAGCAGGUGUAUAAAUAAAAGACUUUAGCAUCUGUUGUUGUAUAAAUAAAGUGCAGACUUGUUUAGGCCUCUGUGAUGUCGUUGAGCGCGCAGCUGUCAGUGCGGUCGCAGAAUCUCUCCAUAGUCGACACAAUGUACACAGAGCACUUUGUUAAUGUAGGUAAAUAAUAAACAUGUUCAGGCUAACAUUUAGUCUGUGUCCGUCAAAUUCAGACUGUGUCAGUGUUCGCUGCCUUUUCUUUUUCCUUUGCAUACAUCACAGGGCGUGUUGUGGUCCAAACAACAAAUAAUGGCUGAUUCCUUCUUUUUUUUUUCUUCAUAUUAUAACUGUAUGUUCAGCACUUUAUAAUAACGCUGUUCUUUGUGACUACUUAACUCACUGAGGGUACACUACAGUCCCACAGGAGGUGGCUUUUUCAUGUCCUCAUUGUUUACAGGAUACACCCCCGUGUUGGUUUGGCAGCAUAGACUCACAAACAUCGUCAUUUUCACCUUGUUACAACAACAAAAUCUAUCAUUUGCUUAGACAUGUGGACAGAUUGUGUUUGAAGGAGUUUAAAUCUAUUUAAACACACACACACACGUGUGUGCGUCUGCCGCAGAGGGAAUGUAAAAUAGCAUAUCAGUAUAAUUGUGUCGUAAGGGUAGGAUCGUGAUGUUUUUAGUGUCAAGUCUGCGUCCGGCACGCAUGAACUGGAAUAGUAUUCUUCAAGCUACACAAGAGCCUUUUUACCAGUUUUGUUAAUGUGAUGGAUGGAGUGAAUGUGGAGGAGACAACUGUACAUAGAGCAUCUGAUCUGGAUGAAGGUGUUGUCCAUUUUACACGUGUUCUUGUGAAUAAAGGCGAGUUCCACUGAUUCCAUGUCUGCAGUCGGCCUCAGGACCAAACGUUUGACUCCAAAUGAAUCCUGAUGAGAGGCCAGUUUUAUGGCUCGUGAGCUUUUAUUUUCCUUUGUCAAAGAAAACAUAGACAGAGACUGUUUGUCUCUGUCACACCUUUGUCUCUGUUUCUUGUGUUGUUUUAUUUCAAGUGUGUGAUGUAAAGGGGGCUGGUCUCUGAUGAUGAUGAUGAUGAUGAUGAUGAUGAUGGCAGAAUUUUCUCCACAGUUUGUUAGAAACACAAAAAAAACACAGUUACAUUUUAUACAUUUUUUUCACGGCGACACAGACGAGAGUGUGUGAGCGUGUGAUCUGUGUGUCAGUUUUUAAAGGGACCCUUUACUCCUGAAGGAAACCUGAGCUAUCCGUGAUUGGCUUUCUUAAACUUGUGAAGUAGAAAAAAAAGAGGACGAUUUGCAGUGUUGAGUAUUUAUGAUUUUAUUUCCUUUUUUUUGUUUUGUGUUGUUUUUGUUGUUGUACUAAGCUUUAUCUAAUUUAUUUUCCAAAUGGUUUCCUGUAAUCAUAGUCAAACUGAUGAUCCCCUACACUCACAUUAAUAAAGACAUUCCUGUGCAUGGUUACUUAUGUAAUGUACAUGUAACAAGUUUAUCCAAGUUUGAAAAAAAACCCGUCAAAAUAAGAACAUGAUCAGUUUAUUUUAAGAUCAACAAGUUUCAGUAUUUGAUAGUAGUAGAGAAAUGUGUCACUCAGAUCCAGAAUGUUCUUUUCUACACACACUGGGCAGAUCAUUAUCAUAUUGUUGUCGUGUGUUUCUUUACGUUGUUGAUAAAAGUUCUACAGACGACAAAAAAAACCCGCCUGUUCCCUGCAACAGAACAAGACGAUGGUCUCUCUUUUUUUUAACGUUACCAAAUCAUACCAAUCAUUUCCUUUCCCUAAAAUGUCACUUUAGACACUAACAUAAGCUGUACAUUGUCUUUUCCAUUACGUUUGCAAUGAUAUCUUAAUCUGAGAGUGUGUGUUGGUGGGGAUGAGUGAUGGGUGAGCUGUCGUGCCUGGUUUGUUUUCAUCCUGUGAAGCACUUUGAGUUGCGUUGCUUUGUAUGAGAGGUGCUGUUAAAAUUGAUUGAUUGAUUGAUUGAUUGAUUGAUUGAUGGGUCUUGAGGAGAUGUUGUAGUAUUGACCAGAUGUUUGACCUUUGUCGUCUGUGUGAUAAUUGGUCUCAGAAUGUUUUGAAGGCAAAAAACUCUUCACUUUGCUUUUCAAUAAUUCAACAACAGUGAGCAGAUAAAUGUGUUGUCGUUUGUACUGAAGUAUCCUUCGCAUUUAUGUCUAAACAACGUAGAUGCAGACAAGAAUUCCCUGAAACUGCUAUGCAGCUGAUAUACUGUAAAUGUAGAUGUGUCUGUUUUUGUUUUAUAUAUUUUUCUAUAUACAGUAGCCUCUCCUGAAAAACCGAAAUGGAUGUUCAGUCUUUUAUUUAUGUCGCUUGUCGAUAAAUACUUUUCAACAAAUGUUCAUAUGGCUUUGAGUGCAACCUUAAAAUCAAAACCUUUUAGAUUCUCUUUCAGCAACGUCACACACAGAUUUAUUUCCAUUUUUGUGAUUCAAGUUUCACCGUGUUCCACCUUUUGUUAAUGAAAAUCUUGCUAUGAUUGCUGUUUAUUGGUGUAGUGUUUUUUUCCUCUUCCAUAUCAUGGGAUUCUCACAUAUUCAUAAACAAUAGCUUCAAUACAUAAAGGUUUGUUUGUCAUUUAGAAACAGUGUUAAUGACACAUUCUGCAUUAUCGGAUUAAAUAUAUAUUCUUUACUUUGUUUCCACUACACUGAUAAACAGCCUCCUGAAAACAAGCAAGUGUGAAAAUGUUGAGUCUAAAAAAGUGAACAAUUGUCAAAUAAUCUGCUUGGGGAGCAGAAAGGAAAAGUUUCUAUAUAUUUGGCUUUUGUUGGGAUUUUUUUUUCUCUUUCUUGCCAAUCAUUUUGUAAACUUGCUGCUGUCUAUAAUAAACAUAUAUGCUGUACUUUAA